AUGGCUGGAAGUGGAACAUUUUCAGAGAUCAUAGAUGGUGAUGUAUACAAAUACUAUGUUGAUGGACAGUGGAAGAAGUCCUCAUCAGGAAAAUCUGUUCCCAUCAUCAACCCCACCACCAGAAACACCCACUACAAGGUUCAAGCUUGUACCCAGGAAGAGGUUAACAAUGUAAUAGACUCAGCAAAAAAAGCUCAGAAAUUGUGGGCAAAGACACCACUGUGGAAGAGAGCAGAGUUGCUUCACAAGGCUGCAGCAAUAUUGAAGGAGAACAAGGCACCUAUUGCUGAGUGCCUUGUUAAGGAGAUUGCAAAACCAGCCAAAGAUUCUGUCACUGAAGUUGUGAGAUCAGGGGAUUUGAUAUCAUAUUGUGCUGAGGAAGGAGUCAGAAUUCUUGGAGAAGGAAAGUUUCUGGUCUCUGAUAGUUUUCCAGGCAAUGAUAGAACCAAAUACUGUCUCACUUCCAAGAUUCCACUUGGAGUUAUUCUGGCUAUUCCGCCUUUUAAUUAUCCUGUUAAUCUGGCUAUUUCUAAGAUUGCUCCAGCUCUUAUUGCUGGAAACUCCAUUGUUCUCAAACCCCCUACUCAGGGUGCUGUUGCUGCACUUCACAUGGUGCAUUGCUUCCAUUUGGCUGGUUUCCCCAAGGGCCUUAUUGGCUGUGUCACAGGAAAGGGUUCUGAGAUUGGUGACUUUCUUACCAUGCAUCCAGGUGUGAACUGCAUAAGUUUCACAGGUGGAGACACUGGGAUAUCAAUAUCAAGAAAAGCUGGCAUGAUUCCUCUGCAAAUGGAGCUGGGUGGAAAAGAUGCUUGCAUUGUUCUUGAAGAUGCUGACUUGGAUUUGGCCGCCGCUAACAUCGUAAAAGGAGGCUUCUCCUAUAGUGGCCAAAGGUGCACAGCAGUGAAGGUUGUUUUGGUCAUGGAAAAGGUGGCGAGCUCUCUCGUUAAGAAAGUCAACGAAAAAGUUGCAAAGCUAACUGUUGGUCCGCCGGAGGAUGACUGCGACAUCACGCCGGUUGUGACAGAGUCCUCUGCUAACUUCAUUGAAGGGUUGGUACUGGAUGCUAAAGAGAAAAAGGCAACAUUCUGCCAGGAAUACAAGAGGAAAGGGAAUCUCAUAUGGCCAUUACUGCUGGAUAAUGUUCGUCCGGAUAUGAGGAUUGCGUGGGAGGAGCCGUUCGGACCAGUUUUGCCAGUUAUCAGAAUAAAUUCUGUUGAAGAAGGAAUCCACCAUUGUAAUGCUAGCGAUUUUGGUCUUCAGGGAUGUGUCUUCACAAGUGACAUAAACAAAGCAAUAAUGAUAAGUGAUGCAAUGGAGACAGGAACAGUUCAAAUUAAUUCAGCUCCAGCUCGCGGACCAGAUCACUUUCCAUUUCAGGGUAUAAAGGAUAGUGGAAUUGGUUCUCAAGGAAUCACCAACAGCAUUCAUAUGAUGACAAAGGUUAAGACUACAGUAAUCAACUUACCAGCCCCAUCUUACACCAUGGGAUGAAGUAAAUAAUAUUAGUAAUAAUAAUACCAAAUAAACAUAUAUAAUUAGGAGGACGUGCUUCCAAUCUCUCAUGCAUUAUGGAGUGCCAAUCUUUGACUAUGUCACUAUCUAUGGCUAUUUGUACAUUAUGUAGGAUAUGGAUAUUGAAUAAUUUUAUGGCUCAUGAAUGGUGGUUUUGAGUUUUUUA